AUGUUUCAAUUCUAACAUUAAGUGUUUUUCAUUAUAGACGGUCCACAAACAAGAUGGUAGCUGAAAAUAUAAAGAAGGUUCGACAAAUACCAACAUAAACAAAACAGAUCAGUCAAGUAAUGUUGACAAGAGUGAAAAACGAUGGCUGUAGAACUCUUCACUGUGGUUUGCAUGCUUCUUGUAACUUUUUCAAGUGUAACAUCAGAAAACUGUUACAAUGAAUGGCAACCCGUAUCGGUCUUUCCGAGCCAAUGCACAAACAAGCACGAAAAAUGUGAAAUGUGGGCAAGUGCUGGCGAAUGUGACAAUACACCGAAGUAUAUGUACGCGAACUGUUGUGCAGCUUGCAGCCCUUGCCGCAAUUUACGUAAAAGCUGUCCUCGACCAAACCAAUGUGCACAAAGUGAUUAUAUGAAACGAAACUGCGCCAGGAAUUGUGGGUAUUGUAAAGUGACUACAAAGAAAUUGAUGAAAAAAUGCUACCCUGAAGGGUACACAUGUUCUGAUUUCUGGGACUAUGUUCCCAUUAGCCGCAGUUCUUGUCAGGAUGAACAUGUCAAUUGCGAAGCAUGGGCAAAGGCUGGUGAAUGCGAUAAUAAUCCUUCCUACAUGUAUAACUCCUGUUGUUUAUCAUGCAAUCCUUGCCAAAAUAAAGGCAAAAGAUGUCCACGUUCACCAAACCAAUGCGCAAGAAAUGCAUACAUGGAAAAGAAUUGCGCAAAGAAUUGUGGCUUUUGCAAAUUUUCCAAAAUGAAGAAAGAACGACGAUGUUAUGACGAAUUCACAAAUGGUUGCAAAUCAUUGUUCCCUGGCUCUGUUAUAACGGUUUCAUCGCAAAUGAGAUACUUUGAAGCCAACAAAGUUAUGAAAGGUGGAUGGUGUGCCAGUAAGCGUGACAAGAAUCAAUUUUUACAAAUUGAUUUGGGAUCAGAGAAAAGUGUCAACAAAUUAAGCAUGCAAGGAAUUACCACAAAUCCUGCUAAUUUUGUCAAGAGUUUUAAGUUGGCUUAUUUCAGCUUUGGUAGAUGGAAUUUCCACUCAGAGUACGCAGAUUCUACAAAUGCUCAGGUUUUCACAGGCAACAAGGAUUCAAAUACUCCAAUGAAACACGAGUUCAUGAUUCCAAUCCGUUCGAGAUAUGUGCGAAUAUACCCACAACAAUGGCAAAACAACAUUUGCAUGAGAUUGCAAUUGUAUUCGUGCUAGUUGUAAUUUCUAAACAAACUUCAGAAACCAGUUCAUGAAAAAUAUGUGUAAAUAAAUGAUUGAAAAGUGUACUUUAAUCGCGA